AUGGUUCUUUAGGUUUUGUGGCGCUGCCCUAAUUCGUCCGGUCUGGAGCUCGAGCGCGGCGCCGUGGCAAGGUAGAGCGAUUUCUCUCGCAAUCUUGUGGAAUGUAGAUUCGGAGCUCUCGGCCGGCAGCGCGAGCGAUCGAAAAUGCGGGGGGAUUGGCGAUGGAGCGGCGCCACCGAGUGACGGAUUCUUCGCCGCCGGAGGGAGCCGCGGGCGCGAUAUGACCGGUGGGAGGGGUUUUCCAGGCAGUGGAGCUGUGGCAUUUCACAUCGAGCUGGGCGACGAUCGGGAGGCCGUGGAGAGGAGGAGGAUUGUGUACGAUAGCUCCGGGAGGGACGAUGAUGGUUUCAAUGGAAUAGUUGGCAGGAGUGAGGUGAGCGUUUCUCACAGUGAUGGGUCCGAGGACUACGUAGACGAAGAGCUCGACUUGGAAGCUGAUGGAAGGGAUGGUCUGGUGGAUGGAGAUAGAACCCCGCAGAUGCAAAUUCCCAGCCAGGAUAGCUUCCAGAGGAUGACGAGCAGCGAGAGGGAUAGGAUCAUGAAAACAGCGAGCCAGAAGUUUGGGAUGUUUCCAUUCUUUAACCCCGCGUCCUACAGCGAGAACGGUGCGAGGGAGAGGCCAGAGGGCGAUGGAAACGGUGGUGAAGCGGGUGUUCCAGACUCCGCUUACUUCAGUUCGAUGGUUAACUCCGCGGCUGGACGUGUUCCUCCGGCGACUGAUACUACCUCGGUUCGUCACUUCCUGUCGGAUCCAGUAUCUGGCGCGCUCAUGGAGGACGCUGUCAUAUUUCCCUGCGGACACUCGGUUGGAACCUCUGGCUUUCAACGAGUCCAAGAAACUAACGCGUGUGUUGUUUGUAUGAUGCCGACUGCUCCUAUGUCGGCUGCUCCUAACCAUGCUCUAAGGCAAGCGGUACACGCCUACAAACGGGAGAGAGAGUUUCCUAUAAUCACUUGCUCGAAAACGCUGAAGAGGAAACGCGAACAGGAGGAUAAUGGGAAAGUCAAGGGCGUGCAAUUUCCAUACUCGGUCAGUGAUCGCGUUCUUAUCAAGGGUAACAAGCGAACUCCCGAGAGAUUUGUUGGCCGCGAAGCGAUUAUUACCACUCAAUGCUUGAAUGGAUGGUACUUGGUGAGGACAAUAGACAAUGGCGAGAGCGUCAGGUUACAAUACCGAUCUCUCCAAAAAAUAGGAGACUAAACGAGCGAAGACAAAGGUUAAAAGGUGAAUUCUUCCAGCCCAGAUUUUACCAAAGUUUUGUAGAGAGCCUUUGAAAAUCAAAUUGACGUGUAGCAUAUUCUCCAUCAAA